GGAGGUGCCGGGGGAGGAGGCUGCCGUGGGGGCCGGCUUGGAGUGGGAUUCGGCCCACGGCGCUGACCGAGUGCUGGACCGGCGGCCGUCCGGCACCCAGGUCUGCACGCACCGCUGCUCCUGGUCACUCGGCCGAGGCGCUGGCCACGGGAGCCAUCAGGGAGGGCUCGGGCUGCCGGGCCGGGCGCCAUGUCCAUGGAGGACCCCUUCUUUGUGGUGAAAGGAGAGGUACAGAAAGCAGUCAACACUGCCCAAGGAUUGUUUCAGAGAUGGACAGAACUCCUUCAGGGUCCCUCUGCAGCAACAAGGGAGGAAAUCGACUGGACCACCAAUGAGCUGAGGAACAACCUCCGCAGCAUAGAGUGGGAUCUGGAGGACCUUGAUGAAACCAUCAGCAUAGUUGAAGCAAAUCCUAGAAAAUUCAACCUGGAUGCAACAGAAUUGAGCAUAAGAAAAGCCUUCAUCACAAGUACUCGGCAAAUUGUCAGGGACAUGAAGGAUCAGAUGUCAACUUCAUCCGUUCAGGCACUGACUGAAAGGAAAAACAGACAGGCACUGCUAGGAGACAGCAGCAGUCAGAACUGGAAUACUGGAGUAACGGAUCGAUACGGGCGCCUUGAUCGAGAGCUGCAGCUAGCCAACUCCCAUUUCAUUGAGGAGCAGCAGGCACAGCAGCAGUUGAUUGUGGAACAGCAGGAUGAGCAGUUGGAGCUGGUCUCUGGCAGCAUCGGGGUGCUGAAGAACAUGUCCCAGCGCAUCGGAGGGGAGCUGGAGGAACAGGCAGUCAUGCUAGAUGAUUUCUCUCAUGAGUUGGAGAGCACUCAGUCUCGACUGGACAAUGUGAUGAAGAAACUUGCAAAAGUGUCUCACAUGACCAGCGAUCGGCGACAGUGGUGUGCCAUAGCCAUCCUCUUCGCAGUCUUGUUGGUCGUGCUGAUCCUCUUCCUGGUGCUGUGAUGCCCCCCCCCCCCUUCCAGGCCCUUCUGCACAGGGACUCAGGGGAGAGGAGAAGCAAGCACUCGGCCACUUACAUUCCUCUCCCAGAAACACGCCUCUGCCCUGCUUCCUCCGUGUGACGCCGCCACUGAGACAGCUCUCUCUCCCAGCGCUGGAAGGGCAAGGCUGGAAGAGGAAAGAGGUCACCACACUUGCAGCUGGAGAGCAGAAGACCUGGCAGCCCAUCCUUCCGAGGACAGCUAGCCACUGCUUUGCCUUACUGGACCUUGCUCCUGGAGGAAGACUCAGAGUCAUCAGAGGAAAUAAGAGCCCCACUUACUCUGUUGCUCAUUCUGUUGGUCUCUGGCAGCUCCUUCCCUCUGCUCAGACCCUUUCGCUGCUUAGAUGGGUGGCAUUGUCCCUUCAAAAGAAACCUGGCAGAAAUGGGGCGUUUGGGGGUGGACGUUUCCCACUGCAUUGUAUUUUUUAGCCCCCAAGAGCUGGCUGUUGAGGAGGACAGAAGGCUCAGAAACACUUUGUGACAGAAAUGCAGUGUUUUCAUUUUGUUGGGUAAGAGCUGAGAUUAAAUUGCUUUUCCAGGUGUGUUUGUGGCAGGGCUAAGCAGUAGGAAACAAUGAAAUCCCUGGGGGCUUGGGAGUGCCGAGGACAAAUGGCUUUAAUGGACAGGGGCAGUUGAGAGCAACAGCACCAGUGUUGUUCAGCUUGAUGAAGGGCUGGUGAUGUCUGCAGAGGCCGGGCCAGCCCUGCUGACUGUCUGUCCCAGGGAUUUCUCCCCAGAGGUGCAGCUGCAUUCUUAGAGCACCCCUCCACACAGUGUUGAACAGCACUCAGUUGGGUGGGGCAUGCCUUCUCCUCUGGUGCCUAUUCCAAUGGCACUCUGAGUGAGGUGGAAUGUCAGACAUAUAUUGCAUUUAUGCAGAAGCUGUCCUGACACAAACAGGCUGGUCCUGGAUCAGACAUCCCUUACUCUGUGAGUAAUAACUUGGUGGGUAAGAGAACUUGAUUCUUUGUUCUCUGAGAUGACACCUUGACUCCAUCAUGCAUUUGAAUAGCUGAGCCGGUCCAAAUCCACUGACAGAUGGUCUAUUGGGUUGAAGCAGCUGAGAGCUGCUGACACUAAACUUCAGGCUUCGGGUAGCUUUUUAGAUGCUUCGGUUUGCUCAUAUCCAGAGGAUUUUUUAUAACGUCCCUGAUGUAUAACCUGGUAUUAAAGUAGCUGUCAGGCCCAGAGCUAGCCCUUCACAAAGGAGGCUGCUGCCACUCCGUUGUCUUCCGUGCUGGGAAGAGCAGCAGCUGGACAGAGUUUGACCUUUGACCUCUUGCUUUGCCUUUCUGUGCAUUCCUUAGCAUACCAACUUUAAAAAAAAAAAAAAAAAGAAAGAAAGAAAGAAAGAAAUCCUGGGUUGUUCAUAUUCCUUGGGAUUUGAUUUAGGAUCCCUUUUUUGUUUUGUUUCCCAAUGAUGUGCUUGCCCAGCUGACUUUUAAAUUGCACUUUUAAAUAAAUAUUUGUAACAAUUUUUAAAAGAAGGAUAUUUUAUCUCAUUUAGGAUCAUGAUAAGUAAGGUAAUCUACCUGUUGGUGAAAGCUAAAAGAAGAUUUGUAAAACCAGAAGGGUCGGCACCACGUUUACAUUCUGCCCUGGUGUUUGAUAGAGAGAUGUUAUUUCUUUUCAGAUUGGAGAAAAAUGUGAAUAUUACAAAGGGCUUCAAUGUAGGGUCUGUGUUAUUUAUGUUUCACGGAAUUUUAAGGUUUUGAAUAGUCUUCUGUGAACUUAGGCCACAGAUAGUUCUUAGAUUUGCAUUAAAAUAUAGAAGCCUUUUGUUAAAAAUCAA